GUCAAGUUCGAUGCCGUUUUCAGUCGUUUGUUUCGGACAUGCCCGUGGGGCCUGAAGGGGCUUUGUCAGGCAACCGAAGCCUUUGACAGUACAGCCCCAAGAUUCGAAGAUGCCGCCCAAGGGAAAAAGCCGUUCCGGGAAAGGGGGGAAAGGGGGAGCAGCCUCUGGGAGUGACAGUUCUGACAAGAAGGCUCAGGGUCCCAAAGAUGGUGGCAAUGCAGUAAAGGUCAGACACAUUCUGUGUGAAAAACAUGGGAAAAUCAUGGAAGCCAUGGAAAAGUUGAAAUCUGGAAUGAGAUUCAAUGAAGUGGCCAUACAGUAUAGUGAAGAUAAAGCCAAGCAAGGGGGUGACUUGGGUUGGAUGACCAGAGGUACCAUGGUGGGACCAUUUCAAGAAGCAGCAUUUGCCUUGCCCAUAAGUGGGCUGGAUAAGCCUGUGUUUACAGACCCUCCGGUUAAGACAAAAUUUGGAUAUCAUAUUAUUAUGGUUGAAGGGAGAAAAUAAAAUUGUAUGGAAGACUGA